CUUGGUCCGCACUCACGCUCGCAGCUCCACGCUCCUCGUAACCACAACGCCCGCGCAUACCUCGAUAUCGCUGUCUCCACCUGCCCUUCACACUUCCUACGGUCCUGCGCCUGUAUCGGGAAUACUGCCUGCUCCCGAGCUGCUGUACGCGCUUGUUGACGCUCACUUGUUGAUUACCAACCGAUCGCCCACACUGCACUCGUGCUUCUACCAUGUCCGUCGAACUCGACCCACCGGAGCUCGGCUUCAAGCGUCCCUUCCAGCAAGAGGUCACGCAGACGCUCAAGCUGAAGAACAACCAUAGCGACCCCGUGGCCUUCAAGGUCAAAACCACCGCUCCCAAGCAGUACUGCGUGCGACCGAACUCUGGCCGCAUUGAGCCCGGCGACCAUGUUGAAGUUCAGAUCCUACUCCAGGCGAUGAAGGAAGACCCGCCGCCAGAUGCGAAGUGCCGCGACAAGUUUCUCGUGCAGUCGGUCCUGGUCACCGCAGACAAGGAGUUCACCAACGUUGCUUCUCUCUGGUCGCACAUUGAGCAGACAUCCAAGUCCUCAAUCCAAGAGAAGAAGAUCCGGGUCCUCUUUCUACCCGCCGACGGCAGCACCGCGACACCCCAGACCAACGGUGGCACCUCCCACCGAGAGUCGCUGCUAUCCUCACCUUCACCCGAGGCCGUCACCCCCCAGCGGGGUUCCACCCAGGAGCCCGCUGGAUCUGUUUCGCGCCCUGCAGAACGCCCCGUGGACAGCAAGAACUUGGGGGAUGCUCGCGAGUCAGCCUACAACCCAGCCACUUCAACUGGUGUAGCAGCAACCGUCAGCGCGGCCGCUUCAAGCGUAGCAAAUGCUAUUCCUACCUCCUCUAACGAGCUUCAAGCCCAGCUUGCCGAUGCGAAAGCCACGAUCUCAAGCCUGCGACAGCAGAUCGAGUCUGGUCUUCGUCAGCGCAAGACAGAGCCUACCCGGGACACUAAGGAGCAGUUGCAGACCGCCGUAGCCCCCCAGCAAGCACCCGGCGGCGUGCCCAUCCAGUAUGCGGCACUGUUGUCGCUGCUCAGCUUCCUUCUUGCGUAUUUCCUGUUUUGAUCUCGCUUCCCCACAAGAUCCCAUGUCGAUUUAGCCGAGCUCGCUGGGGUACGGCAACGGCUCCGAUAGCGGGCACAAGGAGGCUCGUAGAGGGCUACAAAAUCCUGUCACGAUGAUGGCCAUGCGAAGGAGAUGCUGAGGUACGUGGUGUAACAAGAGGUGAGGUGUAGGUGUUGCUCUAAUUCUUUGUCUCUGGCGUUUUUACAUAUUGCGGUGGAGGCUGGUAGUUGUCUUCUUUGGGCGUAUACAUAUACCUGGAGAAGAGGCGUGGCAGGGGCGGUUGUGAACGCAUCGAUUGGCAUGUUCACGGCUGUGUCCCUACCUGUACAACAUUCCGUAAUACGAUUCUUGCAGAAGC